CUUGAAAGAUACACCACUUGAAAGAUACAAGUAAAAAAGCCGACUCUCAGAGGGACGAGGAGAGUUGGUUGGCUGGCUGCAAGCGUUCCCACCUAACCGACGAGUACAAGGGAACACCUGAACUCCAGGGUGACGACCACAUCCAACGCCAAAACAUCACAUCUUCCGUUAUCGUUGCGCCAGGUUUUGAACAAUUCACAGAGCCUCCGCUCCGAAUCACAACCCAUAAAGCGAAUGUCACGAGAAUGCCCAUAACAUCAGAGGAAGAAGAGGAGGACGGCACGAUGCUGUCCCACCCUUCAGAAGAAGACAACCACGAUGAUGGCUCGAUAUCCGGAGAGGAUUCUUACGACGAGGACGACAUCUCGGACGACGACGACGACGACGACGAGCACCUCGCGCCCCCACCGCCCGUCUCUCAACACACCUUCGCCCCUCCCUUCUACGGCCGCCCACCGACCCCUCUCCCGCCCUCCCCCUCUUUAACCUCCCUCCUACGCCCCUCGCGUCCCACCACGCCGGACGCCUCCGACGACGAGACAGUCGCCAACGGGGGCGGGGGUCCCGAGGGCAGCAACGAGCCCCUCCCGCGCGCCAGCCCCCGCGUGCCCACGUAUGAGUACUACGGCUUCGUCCUCUACCUCUUCAGCAGCCUGUCGUUUUUGAUCUACCUGCUAUGGGCCUACCUGCCUUCGCCGUUCCUUCACGCGUUGGGCAUCUACUACUACCCCAACCGGUGGUGGUCGCUGGCUAUUCCGAGUUUUCUGACAAUGACGCUGGUGUACAUCUACGUGGCGCUGGCGGCUUAUAAUACCGAGUACCUGACGCUGCCGUUGGGAUCCAUUGAGACGAUUGUGGAUGAGGCGGCGCAGGUGGCGGUGGUGGAUGGGAAGGGACAUAUCAUUAGGCAUGAUAAGAAAGGUGGCGGGAGGGAGGAGAGGAGACAGCAUGGACAUGGACAUGGGCAUGGGAGGCAUGGGUCAACGGGGGAGGGGAAUGGGAACAACGGCGGGAGGGAGGUGUUGUUGCCGGGGGGAGGAUUGAAUUGGAAGGAGGUGUGGAAUGAGGGGACGGAUGCGGUGAUGGAUGUGCCGCUUGCGGGUGUUUGUGAGGUUUUGUAUGGUGAGGGAAGGGAGAAGGGGUUGGAGAGUGAGGAGGAGGAGGAUGAUGGGAAGGGGGUGCUGCAUAGUGGGAAUGGGCUGGAUGGCUCGAGAGUUGGUCGAUGGGGUUAAAGAUGGGGUUAAACACAUGUUAUGAAGGUCCCGAGACGGGAUAAGAGGCCUGGUGUUCUGCUAUGUCCAUUGUACAGCUGUACUGCUUGCACCUGUGAAAUAUGAUAUCCAUUUUUUCUUUUUGGUGGUGGCACGAUAUUCUGGGUGACUCGUGUGCCGAUAUCGUACACAGUUGAGACCACAUACGAUGCUCGCCAUGGAUACAGAUACCAAAUCUACCAACAUGCGAAUAAGGGCACAAGAUGCUUCUCGCAUGGAGACGGUUGACACUGUUCACAUGGAAGUGGUACCUUUUGGU